AUGGCGGUUCAUCAAGGUCGUUUCCUAUUCUGCCUCCUAGCCUUGGCCUCCUUGUGUGCUUGCACUACUGAAAGUGCAAAACCGAGUCAUUAUUCGAUACCUUUCAACCGGAGCCUUUUUCCUGCUGAUUUUACGUUUGGAACUGCUUCAGCCGCUUACCAGUAUGAAGGAGCAGCCCGUAUCGAUGGCAAGGGACCUUGCACGUGGGAUACUUUCACCGAGAAACAUCCAGAAAAAAUUCGGGGUGGUGGCAAUGGAGAUGUAGCCUCUGACUUUUAUCAUCGUUAUAAGGAGGACGUAAAACUGAUGAAAAGCAUUGGAUUAGACUCCUUCAGAUUUUCUAUCUCAUGGGCCAGAAUAUUACCAAAGGGCAAAUUAAGCGGGGGAGUGAACCCACAAGGCGUCAAAUUCUACAAUAACCUCAUCAACGAGCUCCUGUCCAAUGGUAUCGAGCCCUUUGUGACUCUCUUGCACUAUGAUCCUCCUCAAGCACUUGAAGAUGAAUAUGAUGGACCCUUAAGUCCCAAGAUAGUGAAGGACUUUCAAGAUUAUGCGGAUUUUUGCUUCAAAACUUUUGGUGAUCGAGUAAAGUUAUGGGUCACUAUGAACGAACCAAAUGUAUUAAGCAUCAAUGGGUACGCCACUGGCAGUUUUGCACCUGGAAGAUGUUCGAAGCACGUCGGGAAUUGCACAGCCGGUAACUCUGCUACUGAACCUUACAUUGUCGCCCAUAACUUGCUUCUUGCUCAUGGAGCCGCUGUGAAAUUGUACAAGGACAAGUACCAGCCACAUCAAAAGGGGAAAAUUGGGAUCACAACAAUAACCCAUUGGUUUGAGCCGAAAUACCAAACAUCUUCUUGCCGCGAGGCCGCCUCUAGAGCUCUUGAUUUUUACUUUGGAUGGUUUGUCGAUCCAGUUAUAUAUGGUGACUAUCCCCAAAGCAUGAAGUCUGCAGCGGGUAAUCGUCUGCCAAAAUUCACGGAAGCUCAAUCCAACUUGCUAAAAGGGUCCCUUGAUUUUCUUGGUGUAAACUAUUAUACCACAAAUUAUGCAGAAAUUGCUACCGCAACGACCAACGGUGUCAACGCCACUUAUGUUACUGAUAGACAAACCAUUCUCACUGCUUAUAAAAAUGGGACUCCUAUUGGAACUCCGACGGCUUCGGAUUGGAUUUUUGUCUAUCCUGAAGGACUCUAUGAGCUGCUGAUGUAUAUAAAAGAAAAAUACAACAAUCCUGUUAUAUACAUAACGGAAAACGGAAUGGGUGACGGAAAUAAUAGCUCUUUACCAAUUUAUAAAGUUGGCCGCAAGGAUAGUUUGAGGAUAAGAUACCAUUACGGGCAUUUAUCAUAUCUUUUGAAUGCUAUCAAGGGGGGUGUAAAUGUGAAGGCAUACUAUGCAUGGACACUUCUUGACAACUUUGAAUGGGAUGGGGGUUACACCUAUCGAUAUGGCCUCGUUUUUGUGGAUUUUAAGGACAAUUUGAAAAGAUACCUCAAGUACUCUGCUUUUUGGUUCAAGAUGUUCCUCCGAAAAUAA